AACCCAGAAACCAAGUCAGGACUCAGAACAGAACUCAACUCACGCAAAGACAAUAGUGACAAUGUGCAUAACAAAAUAGGCGCACGCACAAGUGCGGUGCGCAGUGCCCAUGUGGGUUGGGUGGUGUGGAUGUUUGUUGGCAUUUCGAAACUCUAUCUAUUGCCUCUCUCUCUCUCUCUCUCUCUCUCUCUCUGUGCCAAUUGCCAAAAGCAUAAUUUUCUUUAAAAGAAAUUUGAACCUACCUAUCAAUAUCUCUCUAUUUCACACUUCUCCGUACACGACUUUCGGUGCUACUUUCGGUCUACUUGUUCUAUACUUUUCUCCUUACGCCUUGUUCAAAGAUUUCUCUUGUUUUGGCUUCUGGGUUUUUCCCAGUUGGCGAGUUUUUGGCUUCCCAGAUUGAUUCUCUUUAUUGGGUUAUGCCUUCUGAAUUUCCAAAUGGGCUGAGUUGAGCAUUUUAUGGGAGGUAGAGAGGACGGCGAACGACCUCUGAAACGUGUUAAAGUUACCUUGACGGAAUUAAAGAACUCCUCAGACCACUCAUCCAUUACAGAUCCUAUUGCUUCCUCUUUGGGAGACUAUAUGGCUAGGCCUCUACCAUCCCAAGGAGAUGAAGAAACAAUUGGUAAAACAGGAGUCAUCAAAAAGUCAGAAUUCAUCAAAGUUAUAACUAGGGCAUUGUACUCACUAGGUUAUGAUAAGACUGGAGCCAUACUAGAGGAAGAAUCUGGAAUACCAAUGCACUUGUCAGUGGUCAACCUGUUUAUGCAACAAGUGAUGGAUGGAAAAUGGGAUGACAGUGUGGCCACUUUGCGUGCAAUUGAUCUCUUGGAUGAAAAGACCAUGAAAUCAGCAUCUUUUGUGAUAUUGGAACAGAAGUUCUUUGAGCUUUUAAAAAAGGAAAAAAUGGUUGCGGCCUUAGAUACUCUACAGAAUGAGAUUGUGCCUCUUCGCAUCAAUGUGAACAAUGUACAUGAACUUGCUGCCUGCAUGAUUUCUCCUUUGCAGCCUGUGCAACUUGAGCCUUCAAGUCAAGAUACUGAUGGUGCAAGCACACGAUCAAAGAUAUUGGAGAAACUGCAGAAGUUGCUUCCUGCAGCACUCUUCUUUCCUGGAAAUAGGUUAGAACGUCUGGUUGAACAGGCCCUUGACGUGCAACGAGAUGCUUGUGUUUUCCAUAACACUUUUGAUAGUGACCUGUCUUUGUAUUCGGACCAUCAGUGUGGAAGAGACCAGAUUCCUUCUCAGACAUGGCAGAUACUGCAUGCACAUAGUGACGAAAUAUGGUUUUUGCAAUUUUCACACAAUGGGAAAUACUUGGCUUCUUCUUCCAAAGAUCAGUCGUCCAUUAUAUGGGAGGUCAAAGGGGAUGGCCAAGUUUCAUUGAAACAUGUAUUGACUGGUCACCAGAAACCUGUGCUGACUGUUUCAUGGAGCCCUGAUGACCGCCAACUGCUGACAUGCGGACUAGAGGAGGUCAUUAGACGGUGGGAUGUUACUUCUGGAGAAUGCCUCCAUGUUUAUGAAAAAAAUGGUGUUGGUCUUAUUUCCUGCGGGUGGUUUCCUGAUGGUAGAGGGAUAUUCUCUGGCAUGACUGACAAGAGUAUCUGCCUGUGGGAUUUGGAUGGAGUAGAGCUAGAAUGUUGGAAAGGGCAGCGAACACUCAAGAUAUCGGACAUGGCUAUAACUGAUGAUGGGAAGAGGAUCAUAAACAUAUGCAGAGAAACCACAAUAUUAUUACUUGACAGGGAGGCAAAGUUUGAAAGGCUGAUUGAAGAGGAUGAAGUGAUUACUUCAUUUUCGUUAUCAAAGGACAAUAAGUUCCUGCUUGUCAAUCUUAUAAACCAAGAAAUUCAUCUUUGGAGCAUAGAGAGUGAACCUAAGGUUGUUUCCAAGUACAAAGGUCACAAGCGUGCCCGAUUUGUCAUUAGAUCUUGUUUUGGUGGAUUUGAGCAAACCUUUAUUGCUAGUGGGAGUGAGGAUUCACAGGUGUAUAUAUGGCACAGAGGGUCUGGGGAGCUCCUAUUGGCUCUUCCUGGGCAUUCUGGAGCUGUAAAUUGCGUGAGCUGGAAUCCUGUGAACCUUCAUAUGUUGGCUUCAGCUAGUGAUGACCGUACAAUUCGAGUAUGGGGUUUGGAUCAUCUCAACAUGAGACGGAAAGUCUCUCAAAGCAAUGGCAUUGCCCUCCUUGCUCACCAGUUUAAUGGUAGAACUUGAAAUGAUUUCUCUAGACAGUUCCAAAAAUUACUUGGGUUAUGUUAACCGCGGUUGUGUUUUUCGAAAGGUGUUAGAUUUAUCUAGUGUAAAUUAUUUUUUCUGUUGCUUUUUAUUGUUGGCAUAGCAGGCACAGGCAGAAUAGUCUGUUAUCUGCCGAAUACAAUGCAAAUUAAUGACCAUACGAAUGAUCGUAGCCAGUAGAAGUUGGUUUUAGAAGCUGUAUUAUUAAACCUUGUUAGUUUGCAUGAAUCAUUUUCCCCCG